AUGUACGAGCCUGUUUUCAUGUGUGGCGUCUUUGUGUCGCUGAUCAAACUUCAACAAGUGACACAAAGUUUGCUUCAGUUUCAUCAAGAGCCAGUGAUUUCAGCAGACCAACAAAGACAACAUGGACAUUACAACAGGAGCACAAACAUGGUUAUUGAUGUAGCCAGGCUGCCGAGUCUUGUUGUUAAGAUGUGUGAUCAGAAAAAUGGCAGUGACCACGGUGAUGACGUGGACGAUCUGUCAGCCAGUGAUGAAUCUGAGCCCGAAGAACGACCCAGCAAUGAUCCCUUUGACCCAGAGCUGGACUGUGACGAUGAUGAUGAUGAUGAUGAGGGACAUGGCGCGGAGGUUAAACUCUCUGCUCCAGCUGCUGGACACAGAGCUCAGAGUGCAUUCAGUCUGAGAGGAGGUGGCUCAGCGUUCUCAAACCGCAGCCAAAGCAUCUUUGAAUGCCUGGACAGUGUAGCCCGGCUGGCCUCCUCUUCCUCCUCUCUGAACCACCAUCACGUUACAGAUGGAGUGUUUACUCGCCCUCUGCCUCCUCCUCCCAGCAGGAAGACAAGCCAGCCUCCGCCCAGCUGCCCCACACCAGCAAAGAAGAGAGGAGUCCCGGACUACCUGGUGCACCCUGAGCGCUGGACCCACUACAGUCUGGAAGAUGUGACUGAGACCAGCGACCAGGGGAACAGCAGGGCAGCACACCACUUCCUGUCCAGUGUGCAGCAGAGGAAGGAGCAGCAGGAGAGCCCCAGUGACUCCUCCUGUAACAUGCAGCACAAGAUGAUCUUCUCCAGACCCAGCGGACUGCUGAAGGAACAACUUACUGAUCCACUGUCAGCAGGCAGAGACAAGGAGACAUGCCUCCGUCAUCUGGAGGAGGAGGAAGAGGAGGGCCGGGAGAAGGAGACAUGUCUCAGUCAUACUGAGGAGGAGGACGAGGAUGAGAAGGACAGGGAGAAGGAGAUGGCUGCAGGAAGGAGAACGGAGCAGAAGGGAGAAAAGGCUGAGGAGAAGGACAUGAAGGUAGCUGUGAGUCGACCAGAGGAGAAGAAACAGGUGCAGGAAGAGGAGGGGGAGGAGGGGGGGGAGGCCUUUACCUCCUUCAGGAAGACCAAGCGUAAAAACUACAGGAAGAGCUCAGGGCGAGAGGACAACUGAGCAGCACACUCUCUGCCACCUCAUCACUGUCUGAAAAUAAUAGACCGCUCAGUUCAUCGUGUGUAAAAAAAAAAAAAAGAAGAAAAACCUGUUGUCCUUUCAAAUGUGCUGACUUUACUGUUUUUAGUCCAACUUCACCCAACCACACCCAACACUGAACUUUGGAUUAAACUGUUUAUCUGUUCUCAUGUUAUCAUGCUAGGUUAACUAGCUUCCCACACAGUAAAGUAAGCUAGUUUUACAUCCAAGGCCAAGGAGUGUUUCCUUUUCUGGCUACAUGUUGUGGGGUUCCAAUGUACAAUGUUAUGUUAGAAAAGGAGUCAGCUGGAGACCAACUCAUGCAGCUAAUAUUAGCUUAAUUAGCUAGCUACAGUGACAGUUUUCAUUUCAGUGGUCAGCUCAAAGUGCUGCUUCUGUCUGAAAUCAAAGAGCCAUUGUUUAAAAGUGACCGUAAAUGUGCUGUUAUCAUUAUUAACUGUUAUAUGUGCUGGAAAUAAAAGAUUGACAGGUUAGAAACGGUAAAUAAGGGGAAAGACAAUUGUGAAAAGUCUUUUAUUAAACUUCAAAAAGAAUGAAUAUGAGGGCAGUGAGUUUACACUCAGCAGCUCAAACUGAGGAGGGAAUUAGAACCAGUGUAGGAAUUUCAAACUGUUGGUCUUCAAUCUUAUUUCAUUUACAUUUCUUGUUGCAUGUUUCUGUAUUUUGGAAUAGUUUCAAUCUUAAAUAAAAAAUAUUGAUUUGUA